AUGCCCGGAUUGCUAGGGCGCAAGAUUGGCAUGACCGUCAUCUACGACGACGCAGGCCGGGCCAACGGGGUGACGAUGGUCGAGGUCGGUCCGUGCGUGGUGACACAGGUCAAGACCGAGCAGCGCGAUGGCUACCAAGCGGUACAGAUCGGUUUCAUGCGGGCGAGCAAAGUGAACAUGCCGAUGCGUGGUCACUUCGAGCGCGCAAACGGUAACUUCCGGCAUUUGCAGGAGUUCAAGGUGUCGGACCUCGGCGAGUACGAGGUCGGACAGGAGAUACGAGCCAACGUCUUUUCGACGGGCGAUGCCAUCAAAGUGACAGGUGUAUCGAAGGGUAAGGGUUUCCAAGGCGGCGUGAAACGACAUGGCUUCGCGGGCGGACCGAAGACCCACGGUCAAUCGGAUCGUCAUCGAGCCCCUGGUUCCGUAGGAGCCGGCACAUAUCCUGGCCGCGUUUGGCCGGGUACUCGCAUGGCGGGCCAUAUGGGCGACCGCCGCGUGACGACCCGCGGGCUGUCGGUUGCAGGUGUUGAUCCUGCUCAAAACUACAUUUUGGUCAAAGGUUCGGUGCCCGGGGCUCGUAACAGCCUCGUGCGCAUCGAGAAGCAGGGUUGA